AUGACUAGUAAACCUAAUUCUAAGCGGACAAUAUAUGUAGGCGGUUUAGCAGAGGAAGUUGAUGAAAAAGUUUUAAAUGCUGCUUUUGUUCCUUUUGGUGAUUUGGUUGAUGUACAAAUACCUCUAGAUUAUGAGACUGAAAAACAUAGGGGUUUUGCAUUUAUUGAGUUUGAAAAUGCCGAAGAUGCUGCAGCAGCAAUAGAUAAUAUGAAUGACUCAGAGUUAUUUGGAAGGACAAUAAGGGUGAAUAUAGCAGCACCACAAAGAAUAAAGGAAGGAUCCACAAGACCUGUUUGGUCAGAAGACAGCUGGCUUCAGAAGCAUGCUGGUGAAACUUUACCAAUUAAUAAAGAAGAUGAAAAAGAAAGCACUACGGAGAAAACAGAAGAUACCAGUGUAAUACCAGCCAAACCUGCAGAGAAACGCAAUCCUCAAGUUUACUUUGACAUCUGUGUUGGGAAACAGGAACUAGGAAGAAUAAUAAUGAUGCUCAGAUCAGACAUAGUACCAAAGACAGCAGAAAACUUCAGAGCACUGUGCACGCAUGAAAAGGGUUUUGGAUACCAAGGAAGCAGUUUCCACAGAAUUAUUCCUAAUUUUAUGUGUCAAGGAGGUGAUUUUACUAAUCAUAAUGGAACUGGUGGAAAAUCAAUAUAUGGCCGGAAGUUUGAUGAUGAAAACUUUACACUAAAACACACGGGUCCUGGUAUAUUGAGUAUGGCAAACUCGGGGCCUAACACAAAUGGAUCACAGUUCUUCUUAUGCACUGCAAAAACUGAAUGGCUGGACAAUAAACACGUCGUAUUCGGCCAUGUUAUAUCAGGGUUAGAUGUGCUAAAGAAAAUGGAGAAAUACGGGAGCAAAGGCGGGACAGUUUCUGCCAAAGUUGUUAUAAAUAAUUGUGGAGAAUUACAAUGA